AUGGCUGAUAUUUUUAAAUCAGCAUUUGAUUAUCUAUCAACGCAAACAGAAAAUUUAAGAAAUACUGUUGCUGGUUCUUCAACGUCAAAUAUUUUUGGGAAAAAUAACCAUGAAUUAGUUGGAACUUUUGUUGAAAUUGGUGGUCUUAAACUUAUUAUAAGAAAUUUACUGGCAGAAGGAGGGUUUGCAUUGGUAUUUUCUGCUCAGGAUUCUCAAUCUAAUUGGUAUGCUAUUAAAAGACAAAUAGCUACAACCAGAGAAGCUGCUGCAAAUAUAUUAAAAGAAAUUCGUUUUCUUCGUCAAUUAACAUCACAUCCAAAUAUUUUGAAUUAUGCUAAUGCUGCACAAUAUAAAAAUAGCUCAGGUUCUACUGAAUUUCUUCUUUUAACAGAAUUGUGUUCCGGUGGUUCUGUUAUUGAUCUUAUGAAGAAAUGUAAAAAUUUGUCUCCAGAACAAAUUGUUAAAAUAUUUUAUGCUACAUGUAAUGCUUUAUCUUAUAUGCAUUCUCAAGUACCACCAUUAAUACAUAGAGAUAUUAAAAUUGAGAAUCUUCUUUUUGAUAAAGAUGGUUUUGUGAAAUUAUGUGAUUUUGGUAGUGCAACAAAUAAGCAAUAUAAUCCAAACGAAGAUUGGAGUAGUUUAGAUAGAGGAAAAUUAGAAGAAGAGAUGGCUCAAAAUACAACUCCAAUGUACAGACCUCCUGAAAUAAUGGAAAUAUAUUCUAAUUAUCCUAUUGGUGUUUCUAUGGAUGUUUGGGCUUUAGGAUGUAUUUUGUACUAUUUAUGUUUUCAUAAACAUCCAUUUGAAGAUAGUUCAAAAUUAGCAAUAGUUAAUGCCAAUUAUUCAUUACCAUCUGAAUCGCAAUAUACAAUUUUUUAUCCAUUAAUUAAGGCUUGUCUUAAACCUAAUCCUAUGGAUAGACCAACAUCAGAUUAUCUUAAAGAAUCUACAAUUACUUUAGCUAAAUCUAUGGGUGUUGAUUUAUCUAAACCUGUAUCUGGAGUAGAAAAUUAUAUUGAACAAAUGGAAUCUGUUCCUGUUGGUCCAAAACAAAUUGUUACAAAUACAGAAACAACUUCUUCACAAGGAUCUGUCUUAAGUUCAUUGAAAGGACAAGGAAUAAGUUUGUUUAAAAAUUUAAAAGAAAAAUCUAAAGAUGUUGUUCAGACAGUUCAAUCAACAUAUGGUGGUAAAGGACCCGAUGCAACUUGGGUUUCGUCUAGAAUUUUAUUGAUACCUCUACCUGAAAAUAUUCCAGAGGCUUUAAAAUCUACUGUAGAUGAAAACAUAAAAUCUUAUAUUUAUCAAGUAUCUCAAGGGAAAAAUUUUAUUUUAUACAAUUUAGGAAAUAGAACAUUUAAAUGUGAUUAUAAAGGGAAAUCUUUUGAGGCACAAUUUCCUCCUUUAAAUAGUGGUGUUGCUCCUUCUUUAAAUUAUCUUUUUGAAUUGUUAACAGAUAUCAGCAUGUAUUUAUCACGAAAUAACAAUAGUAUUUUAGUAUUUGUUGGACCUGAAGUUUCAUGUAUUUUGAUGUCUGCAGCAUUAAUAAUUUUCAACAAAAUUUUACCUACUGCAAAAGUAAGUGAUAUUACAAGAUCAUUAUAUAAAAGUAGAGGUUAUAAUGAUGAUGGUAAAAGAAUGCCAUUGUGUUAUACAAGACAACUUGAAUAUAUACAAACAAUUGUAAAUUGUUAUCCUGACCAACUUCGUUGCCUUAUUCAUAAUCAUCCUAUGUCUAUAAUAUCUAUUCAUUUUUCUUCUGUUCCUAUAGCUAAUAGAGCUAAAACUGGUUCAAGACCAUAUGUUGAAAUUUAUAGUGGUAUAACUAAAUUAUGGUCAACAUUUAAAGAUUAUACUUUAUUAAGAGAAUAUAAUUCAUUAAAUGAUUCUUCAAUAACAAUUGACCUCGAAGAUCUUCCAAUUCUCAAUGAUGUUACCAUUGUUGUUAACCAUGCUAGAUUUAAUAGAAUGACAAAUAAGAUAACUAAUGUUUUUAUGUUUAGUUUUGGAUUCUAUUCUUCUUUUCAUGAUAUAGGUAAAUCAAUUUUAGAAUUUGACAUUAAAGAUUUUGAUAUUAACAAAAAUGGAGAAGUUCUUCUUCCUCCUGAUUUUAAAACAACACUUUCACUUAAGAUUGGUCCAGUUGACAGAGGUUUUAGUAUUGAUAAUUCACCUAAUUUUUUAACAUAUGACAAAUCAUUAUCUUCAAUAAUGAAUGUUGUUAAAGAUACACAAGAAAGAGAUUAUUUAGCUUCAACAUUUAUUUCAACAAAUAACAAUUUUUCACAAACAAAUGUAAAUGAAAGUAAUUUAUUUGAAAAAGAUGUAGUAAUAAAUACGGAUAAUACUGUUAGUGAAAGUUUUUUUGAUACAUUAUCAUGGGAAAAUGAUACAAAACAGAAAAGUAUUCCAAAACGUCCACCACCACCAAAUAUUUUUACUAAUAAAGAUAAUUUAUUUGAUGAUGCUGAAAUUCAUGAACGUCUUGCAGGUAUUAGAGUUACAAAAGAGGAGGAAGCAGAUGAUAGUGAAAAUUUUAAAUUUGACUACGAAAAAAAAGAACAACCAAAAAAAGAAGAAAAGAAAUUAGUUUCAGAAAGUUUUGAUUUACUUGGUCUAGGUAAUGAAAUAUCAACUACAUAUACAUCAUCUUCACAAAUUCCUAAUGAUGAUCCUUUCAAUGUUUUUGCUAUAACACCACAAAUGACAGGAAAUAGUAUGGCAGUAAACUAUGAUGCAAAUGAUUUAUUAAAUUUUGAUUCACCAAUAACAUUUAAUAGAAAUGCAUCUGCACCAAAUCUUGAAGCUAAAGAUAAAAGAGACAUUGAUCCAUUUGAAGAUUUUAUGGCACAAAAUAGUUUUCCAACCACAGCAAUGAAUUCCAAUGAAUCACUUUCAAGAACAGCCACCACUUCAAAACCUAACUAUAAUAGUGCAUUCUUUAGUAUAUCAGAACAACAAAAAAUAAAUAUUGAUAGUAAAAAGCCUAAUUCCUCAUGUACUUUUGAUGAUCUACUUUCUAGUCAGGGAUUUAAUGUACAAAAUAAGAAUGAAAAUAAGACUUUAGCUGAUAUGAAAAAAGAUGAAGAAAAAAAAACAAUGGAUCCAAUUCAAUUUAAGAUUAAAAAUUGGACAUCUGGUAAAGAACGUAAUAUAAGAGCUCUCCUGGCUUCACUUAAUAGUAUUUUAUGGGAAGGUGCAUCAGCAUAUAAACAACCAUCUAUGGGUGAUUUAUUAGAUCCAAUACAAGUAAAGAAAUGUUACUACAAAGCAUGCCUUGUUGUUCAUCCAGAUAAACAAACUGGAACAUGUAAUGAAGUAUUAGCAAAGGCAAUUUUUACUGAAUUAAAUGAUGCUUGGUCAGCAUUUGAAAAUGGUAAUUAA